UAUUUCCUCACAACACAGCUUACAAAGAAAAAUAAGUUUUAGGGUUUUCUUAUUAUAAUUUUCAUGGCUUCAAAAAUCAACCUCCUCAAGAAUGUGGCUUCAAAAAUUCACCUCUUUAAGAAAUCAGCCAUAGAAGCUGGAACCCCUGAAAAGUAUUAUCUGAAUCCAUCGGAGAACUUAUGGAAGAUGACUUCUGCAUGGAAUGUGGUUGAACAUAAAGAUAUUCUUACUUUGAAUAUCCAUAUGACUGACUUUGGGAAUAGAGUUGUAACUACGAUAGAAGGAAAGUUUAUCAAUAUUGAAGUGGAAAAACAAAACAAGGAAAUUAGUGCUGCUCGUUUUGGUCAUGAGAUAUUGAAGAAAUUUAGUUUUGAAAUGAAUCCAAGUUUCCUCAGCUUGAGUGUUAGGGAUGAUCCGACACUCAGAAUAUCUGAUGGUACUUUCAGGUUGUUCAUUUCUAAACUGAAACCUGAAGAGAUGAAGAAUUAUACAGGAAAGAUCCAUGUUUCUAAACUCACACCUGAAGAAUUGAAAAAGAAUUAGUGGUGUCUAACUUCUGUUUA